AUGGCACAAGCCGCCAAGCAGCUGAAGAAGAUCAAGGAUGUGGAAGCACAGGCUCUGGCGGAGCAGAAAGAGAAGGAGGAGUCGGAUCGCAAGAAGAGGAGUCGAUCCCGUGACCGUAAAAAAAAGGCGGAUGCAGCGACCAGCUUCCUGCGAGCAGCCAGGUCUGGAAACCUGGACAAAGCCCUGGAACACAUGCGGAAUGGAGUGGAUAUAAACACGUGUAAUCAGAAUGGGCUGAAUGCCCUGCACCUCUCCAGUAAAGAGGGUCACCUCAAAAUGGUCAGCGAGCUGCUGCACAAGGAGAUUGUCCUGGAGACCACCACCAAGAAGGGUAACACGGCCUUGCACAUCGCUGCUUUGGCUGGCCAGUUGGAUGUGGUGCGGGAACUUGUCAACUAUGGGGCCAAUGUCAACAGUCAGUCACAGAAAGGCUUCACCCCGUUGUAUAUGGCAGCGCAGGAGAACCAUCUUCCCGUGGUCAAGUUCCUCCUGGAGAGCGGAGCCAAUCAGAACCUAGCUACAGAGGACGGCUUCACCCCAUUGGCCGUAGCUCUGCAGCAGGGUCACGAGAACGUGGUGGCUUACCUCAUCAGCUAUGGGAUGAAGGGGAAAGUCCGACUGCCAGCUCUGCACAUCGCGGCCCGAAACGAUGACACACGAACCGCCGCCGUCCUGCUGCAAAAUGACCCCAACGCGGACGUGCUGUCCAAGACAGGAUUCACACCCCUGCACAUCGCAGCCCACUAUGAGAACCUGAACGUGGCCCAGCUCCUGCUCAACCGGGGUGCAAAUGUCAACUUCACUCCGCCGAACGGCAUCAGCGCUCUGCACAUCGCUGCACGACGCGGGAAUGUUAUCAUGGUGCGGCUGUUGUUGGACAGAGGAGCCCUGAUUGACGCACGCACCAAGGAUGAGCUGACCCCUUUGCACUGUGCUGUAAGGAAUGGACACGUCCGGAUUUCAGAGAUUCUUCUGGAUCAUGGCGCUCCCAUACAAGCCAAAACCAAGAACGGCCUAUCUCCUAUUCAUAUGGCCUCACAAGGAGACCACCUGGACUGCGUGCGGCUACUCUUGCAAUACCAAGCUCAGAUAGAUGACAUCACGUUGGAUCACCUGACUCCGCUGCACGUAGCAGCUCACUGUGGUCACCAUCGCGUGGCAAAACUGCUCCUGGAGAAGGGGGGCAAGCCAAACGCCCGGGCCCUAAAUGGCUUCACUCCUUUACACAUAGCCUGCAAGAAGAGCCACGUCAGAGUCAUGGAGCUUCUCCUGAAAUCUGGGGCGUCCAUUGAUGCGGUCACGGAGUCCGGCCUCACCCCUCUCCACGUUGCUGCCUUCAUGGGACAUCUACCCAUCGUGAAAACAUUGCUGCAGAGAGGAGCAUCACCCAAUGUGUUCAGUGUGAAAGUAGAGACGCCAUUGCACAUGGCGGCCCGUGCAGCUCACACAGAUGUGGCAGAGUUUUUACUACAAAACAAAGCAAAGGUGAACGCCAGAGCCAAGGACGACCAGACCCCCCUACACUGUGCAGCCCGCUCUGGGCACUUGGACAUGGUACGCCUGCUGUUAUCAAACGGAGCUCACCCAGACCCCCCUACCACGGCAGGGCAUACGCCGCUGCACCUGAGUGCCCGAAGUGGUCACACACAAACUGCCGAGCUUCUGCUGGAUAACCAAGCUGCACAUACUUCCGUGACUAAGAAAGGUUUCACUCCCCUCCAUGUGGCUGCCAAAUACGGGAAGAUCCAGAUUGCCGAGCUUCUACUGGAGAGAGGAGCUCACGGCAACAGUGCCGGCAAGACUGGCCUGACCCCUCUCCAUGUAGCUGUCUAUCACAAUCACCUUAACAUAGUACGUCUUCUCCUGAAUAAAGGGGCAUCUCCACACUGUACAGCACGGAAUGGAUACACACCCUUGCACAUGGCCGUAAAGCAGCGCUCAGUUGACACGGCGCGGGCCCUGCUGCAGUUUGGUGCAACGUGUAAUGCCCAAUCCCUACAAGGUGUCACCCCCCUCCAUCUUGCCUCUCAGGAGGGUCAUGUGGACAUGGUGACAUUGCUACUCAGCAAGCAAGGAAAUGUACAUCUAGGCAACAAGAGUACCCUCACUCCUCUCCACCUGGCAUGUCAAGAGGGUCACAUGAACAUAGCAGAGCUCUUGGUGUCCCAUGAUGCCUCUGUGGGUUCUGAAACACGGAUGGGGUUCACUCCGCUACACGUUGCCUGUCAUUAUGGCAACAUCAAGAUGGUGAAGUUUCUUCUGCAACAUCAAGCCAAUGUAAAUGCCACCACCAAGUUGGGUUUCACUUCCCUCCAUCAAGCAGCUCAGCAGGGACACACAGACAUUGUCACACUUCUGUUGAAGAAUGGAGCUUGUCCCAACCAGGCUAGCAUGAAUGGAAUCACCCCGUUGGCAAUUGCAAAGCGACUAGGAUACAUCUCAGUGACAGAUGUUCUGAGUCUGGUGACAGAUGGACCCCAGAUGCAGCUAGCCAACGAAAGGCACAGGAUGAGCUUUCCUGAAACAGUGGACGAGAUGCUGGAUGUGUCAGAGGAUGAAGGAACCCCACACCUGCCUCUUCAUGGGGAGGAGCCACCAGAUUUCAGACCCCCUCCGGGGCCUAGAGAGCGGGACGAGGAUACAGACAUGGAAUUUUUACCCAAACUCGACCAGGGGGUGGGGUCACCUGGAUUGCCCAGAAUUCCUUGUGUCACCCCAGAAACAGUCAUGUUUAAAAAAGAGGAGGAUGAACCGUCAUCUAGGGAAUUAGACGAAGAAUCCCAGAUCCCCAGCAGUCCAGCCACUGAGACCUCAGACAACAUCAGUCCUGUGGCCAGUCCCGUCCACACAGGGUUUUUAGUCAGUUUUAUGGUUGAUGCCCGAGGUGGCUCAAUGCGUGGAAGCCGCCACAAUGGUCUGCGGGUUAUUAUCCCACCCCGAACCUGUGCAGCGCCUACGCGCAUUACCUGCCGCCUUGUGAAACCACAAAAGCUUAAUAACCCGCCACCGCUGGGUGAGGAAGAAGGAUUGACCAGCAGGAUAAUUGCCCUGGGUCCUACUGGAGCCCAAUUUCUGAGCCCGGUGGUGGUAGAGAUACCCCACUUUUCAUCAGUGGGACGUGGUGAUCGAGAACUGGUCAUACUGCGCAGCGAUAAUGGGUCCGUGUGGAAGGAACACCAGAAUCGGUAUGGGAAGCAAUAUCUGGAGGAAGCACUGAGUGGCAUGGAUGAAGAGCUGGAGAGUGAAGAGGAGUUGCACAAGAAGCGCCUUUGCCGUAUUGUCACCACCGACUUCCCGCUUUACUUUGUGAUCAUGUCCCGGGUUUGCCAGGACUGUGAACUCAUUGGGCCAGAAGGGGGAAUCUUAAAAAGCCGGUUAGUACCCCAGGUUCAGGCCACCUUCCCCCCAACAGCUGUAACCAAGAAAGUGAAGCUGUCACUACAAGCUCAAUCCGUGCCAGAUGAGCUAGUUUCCCGGUUGCUAGGCAACCAAGCAACAUUUGGCCCUAUAGUCACUGUGGAACCAAGGCGCAGGAAAUUUCAUCGGCCAAUAGGACUGCGCAUACCCCUGCCGCCAUCUUGGAAAGAUAGUCCCAGGGACAGUGGUGAAGGAGAUACCACCAGUCUGAGGCUGCUUUGCAGUGUAACAGGUGGAACAGCUCCUGCUCAAUGGGAGGACAUAACUGGAACUACAAAAUUAUUAUAUGUCAAUGAAUGUGCCAAUUUUACAACCAAUGUCUCUGCCAGGUUUUGGCUGUCAGAUUGUCCUCGUACCGCCGAGGCUGUCUCCUUCUCCUCCCAGCUGUAUCGGGAGCUCAGUGCCGUGCCAUAUACCGCCCGCUUUGUGGUCUUUGCAAAGAUGUCAGACGGGCGGGAAGGACGUCUCCGCUGCUAUUGCAUGACUGGUGAUAAACUGGAGAAGACCCUGGAACAGCAUGAGAAUUUCAGUGAGGUGGCACGCAGCCGGGACAUUGAGGUGAUGGAUGGAACGCAGCUAUUUGUGGAGCUGUCCGGUAAUCUCAUUCCUCUGAAGAAAGCCACGCAGCAGAGGAGUUUUACUUUUCAGGCGUUUAAAGAGAACCGGCUAGCACUGCCCAUUAAGGUACGGGACAGCAGUCGGGAGCCAUGCGGGUCUAUGUCCUUCCUCCGCAAACCCAUGAAAUAUGAACAGUCCCAGCAAGUGCUCUGCCACCUGAAUGUCACAAUGCCCCAAUACACACAGACUCCCGGCAGCCUUGACAGGAGGAGGACACUUACUCCACUAGCCCUAAGAGAGAGGUAUAGCCUUCUGAAUGACAGCAUAAGAGGUUCUCUUAGUGGAACUGACCGCAUUGACAUGAAGAUGGCUGUAAUAUCAGAGCAUUUGGGUCUCAGCUGGGCCGAACUGGCUCGUGAGUUGCAGUUCGAGAUGGAUGACAUCAACAGGAUUCGAGUGGAGAACCCCAACUCCUUGUUGGAGCAGAGUGCGGCCUUACUGCAUCUUUGGGCAUCGCGGCAAGCUUCUAACGCAAAAUUGGAAGAUUUAUACACGGCUCUGCGCAACAUUGACCGCAGUGAGAUUGUCACCAUGCUGGAGGGAUCCGGGCGGCAGAGCAGAGGUUCAAAGGGAGAUUACCGAUACACAAACAGCGACGGAUCUAUUUCCCCCUCUCAGAGGAAUGGUCACCCCUUGAUGCAAGAUGAGCUGCUUUCCCCGGCCUCUCUCAACUACUCCCUACCCUCCCCAUUACGCAUGGAUCAGUACUGGAGUGAAGUGUCCAUUUUGGAUGGAGUCCCCAUGGCGACCGCGGAGCCCGAUGGGGUGUUGGACCUACCCGACCUGCCACUAUGGGCCUCUGGCCUGUCCCCUUCCCUUGUGGCUCCUGAGGACUCAUCCCUGGAAUGCAGCAAGGCUGAGGAUGAGUGGGAUACCCAGCCGCGUCCAUCUUCGGGCUCCCCUGAUCUGGAGGAGGAGGAGACUGAAGCUGGAGGACCAGAACGGGUUCAGGCCCGGAUAACAGAGACACCGUCCACAUGCAGAGUAACAGGAAGUAGUGUAGAGAGGAUCCUGGACUGGACUUCCGAGGCCCCCGCACCCUCUUCUCCGCAUCGAUCUCCCCACCAUGAUAAUGGCGCCCCCGUGGCAUAUGAGGAGCUCCACCCAACCCUUAAAAGCAGUACGAUGAUCCGGGUAGAACACAGCACUGUGUACAGUUCAAGGCGGCAGGCAGGGGGGAAUGAAGGCCCUGACAUUCCUGGGGAGCAGGUGACAGAAGAGGAAUUUACAGAUGAGCAGGGGAACAUAGUCACAAAGAAGACAGUCCGAAAGGUCCUGCGCAGAGUGGGGCCACCAGGGUCCACAGAUUUGGGGGACAAUGAGGACUUGAUAAUUGAGGGGACAUUGCAAGAGCCAGAAGAGCUUGAGAGUGAAACGCCUAAUUAUCUGAAGUACGCAGUGCUGCACCGAGAGGCAGAGGACGAGUUUGACUCUCUGAGGUCAGAGGUCGGAGACGGGAGGAAAGGGGCACAGAUUGUGAAACGAGCCGGCACCAAACGGGUGCAGCAGUGAGACCACAAAUCUGGGACACCCAAAAUACUGGGAAACGCCCAGAAUUACGCCUCCAGUACAAGCUACUGAAGCCGACCUGAGUGACUGCAGCCCACGGACUAGGAACCAGUACAAAAAGGAAUUUCUUCUCGCUCAUCUUUAAGCAGACACCUCCCUCCCCAAAAGCAUCACAAGCAAGAGGGGUCCCUCCCCCUCCAAAAUCCGAAGAAGACGCUCGCCCCCUGUAUGCUCACGGCAUGAAGAAUUGCACCCUGCAUGUUACAAAGUAAUAUGCAUGUGAUGACAUUGGGGAAGAGGACAGUGCUGCCCCCUGCCUCCUUCCCCUGUUCCCCUGUACCCCAUUCCCUUCUCAGACACCAACC